AUAAACAAACGUGGAAAUUGGAAACGUGAUCUCGAGGCGAGUGAUUUCUUGUGGAAUGUAAGACGCAAAAAUAGUAAAAAAUGUCGCGAAUAAUUGUGAAAAACAUCCCAAAUGGGUUCGAUGAGGCGAAAGUACAGAGCCACUUCAGCACGUGCGGCAUCAUAACCGACGUGCAGCUAAAGUACACCCCGGAAGGCAAGUUCCGCAACUUUGGCUUUAUCGGGUACGAGAACGAGGAACAGGCAGCGAAAGCGAUCAAACACUUCAACAACACCUUCAUACGCACGUCCAAGAUCUCCGUCGCACCAUGUGUCGCGUUGGGUGAGACGAAGAAUCUAAAAAUUUGGAGCAAACACGCCCAGAAACCGGUCCCGGGCCCGGAAGAGAACGGUGGCAAAUCGGCUGACGAGAACGAUAACACCGAGACCAGUGGCGGGGGGAAGGUCGAGAAACCAAAAGCCCCAACGGCGAAGGCGAUUCUCGAGCGACACCAGAAUGAUCCGAAGUUCCAGGAGUUUCUGGAGGCGCACAAGCGUGCCGGUAAGCUGGUGUGGGAUAAUCAAUUCCAACAGUCCGAAGCGGAAGCCCCCACUAAGGCGCCCAGUGUCCCGGCUUCAUCGGGUGAUGAAUCGACGGGUGGAAAGUUCGAAAAAUCCACGGGAAAGAAGACAAAGCCGGCGGAACCCAAGAAACCCGCGAUAACGCUGUUCGUGGCCAAGGUGCGUAACUUACCGGCAACCACGAAACGGCAAGAUAUGCUGCGGUUCUUCAAAACCGCCAAACCUUACUCCGUUCGCAUCCCUCCAAAGAACAAGGGCUUUGCGUACGUCGGCUUUAAGACGGAGAGUGAGCUCGAGAAGGCGCUGCUGAUGGACAAAAGUUUCCUCGGUGGCAAACAGGUGCGGAUCGUGAACUUUACCGAUCAGAACAAUCGCGCAGCGUCAGGGGAAGACAAGAACGGUGAGCGGCGUGCCAAGCAAGCGAAAUGGGAACGGCAGCUUGCGAAUGUGCCAAGCGAAAGUAUCUGCGAAUCGGGCAAACUGUUCUUCCGCAAUCUAGCCUACUCGGUGAAGGAGCAGGAUUUGCGUGAAAUUUUCGAAAAGUAUGGUCCCGUGGUGGAAGUGGACGUACCGAUUGAUUCCAUCACACGCAAGCUGAAGGGCUUUGGAACGGUUACCUUCCUGAUGCCGGAACACGCCGUCAUGGCGUACAGCGAGCUGAACGGAACGUUUCUUCAGGGACGCAUGUUUCACAUUCUUCCAGCGAAGGUUGAGGAUGAUAUGAAGGAGGGCGAGAACGGGGAUUCAAAUUUCAAGCGCAAAAAAGAACAAACACAGAAAAAGCAGGCCCAAUCGUCACACAACUGGAACACACUGUUCAUGGGCGAGAACGCAGUUGCCGUUGCAAUGGCCAAGAAGUACGGUACAUCAAAGGACGCGAUUUUAAUGUCAACGGAGGGUAGCACCAGUGCCGCGGUUCGGUUAGCACUCGGCGAAACGGAAGUGGUGCUAGAGAUGCAAAGUUUCCUACAGGACAAUGGUAUCCAGCUGAAUGCCUUCGAUGCACCCAAUCCAAAGCGUUCCAGUACGAUUAUUUUGGUGAAAAAUUUGUCCCCAAACUGCACGACGGAGGCGCUGAGGGAGAUGUUUGAAAAGUUUGGCAUCCUGGGACGCGUUGUGCUACCACCGAGUGGUGUUACCGCGAUAGUGGAAUUCCUGGAGCCAAGUGAGGCACGAAAAGCCUUCAAAAAGCUGGCGUACACCAACUUUCAAUCGCAACCCCUGUACCUUGAAUGGGCGCCUGAAAAUACGUUCAAAUCCGCUAGCGCACGGGAUGGUGCGAAGGAGGUGAAGGAAGAGAGCAACGGGACCACGACGGUUAAGGAAUCACCCGGCGAGGAGACAGUCCAGGCUGCCGCUGGUUCAAAUGUACCCAAAAAGGAAGAAGAACCAUUGGAGGAUGAUAUCGAACCGGAGGAAGGUGCGACACUGUUUAUCAAGAAUCUUAGCUUCAAGACGGUCGAGGCAACGAUUCAGGAGCGAUUCCGGAAGGUUGGACCGAUCCAUUCGGUACAGAUUGUGCGCACCAAGAAUUUGGUUAGCGGUGGUCCUACCGAAAGCCGUGGCUAUGGUUUCAUUCAAUUCAAACAUCGCGCAUCGGCCGAUCAUGCCCUUAAGAACCUCCAGCUCGUGCAGAUCGAUGGGCGUCCGAUCGAACUUGCGCGCAGUGAUCGUGUGCUCAAAACGGCAGCUGAUGAAAGCCGAAAGGCCAAGGCAGGACCGAAGCAGACGGGCAGCAAGAUUCUCGUCCGUAACAUACCGUUCCAGGCGAACGCGUCGGAAAUACGGGAUCUGUUCAAACCGUUUGGCGAUAUUAAGGUACUUCGAUUGCCGCGCAAGAUGGUGGCGAACGCGGAAGAAAGUCACCGUGGUUUCGGAUUCGUCGAGUUUGUCCGGGAACCGGAUGCUAAACGUGCGUUUGAAACGCUCGGGCGCAGCACGCAUCUUUACGGUCGCCGUUUGGUACUGGAAUGGGCUGCACCGGAUGAUGGUGUAGAGGAGCUACGGAAACGAACUGCCCAACAGUUUGGUCAGUCAAAUACGGCUGCCAAACGGAAUCGCAAGGGUGUGCAAGAUGCGGCGGAGUUCAUCAACACAGCAGCCGAUCAGCGACAGCAGCAUGACGACGACGAGGACGUCGAUGAUGGCGGUGGUUCCGGAGAGGAACAAGGAGCCUUCUAAGUUAGCAAAUCUCGGGUCGUUCGAGCGUUUUGUUAAAAUGAAAUACACAUUUUUUGAG